AUGUCUGAAACUUGGAUGCUAUAUAAAAAAAGCUGGCUUGUAUUUUAUACAAAGAGAAAUAUAAAUCUUGAUAUAAGGUCAAGCCAGUGUGUCAAAAGUCUUCACAGUAAACUGAAAGGUGUCAAAAAUAGAAUUAUUCCCAUUGAUGUUUUGUUUGCAACCCUUUUGCAACAAUUGCAUGAAUUAUCUCAAAAACAAGUAUAUGAAUCAUUUUUACAUCAGAGCAAGCAUAGAUAUGAUGAAGCUAAUAUGGUGCUAGAAAAGUUAAAAUCAGUAUGUUUACGCUUUGCAUUUGAAUCAUUUAUAAAACAGCAAGCAAAACUUGCAAAAUCUGAAUCUUAUGAAGUAUUUAAAAGUACAGAAUUGAAUACUGUCUAUCUAUAUAUUGUUCAAACUUUUAAACAACUUCCAAGUCAUCAUCAUGAUGCUUUUGCAAGUCUAAUGCAGCAGGCUUCUGAGUAUAUUAUUGAGCAUGAUAAAAUUCCAGAGCUGCUACAAAGAGAAUUAAAAUGCCAGCAAUCAAACAUUUAUAUAGAUGUCUACCAAAUAAUAGAUAUAUUCUAUAGUAUAGAUGAAAAUAAAACAUCUUUAAAGAAAAGUGCUGGUAAAUACAAGCAUGAUAAGAUAGUUGUAAAACUGAUUAUUUGUAUUAGCACUGCAACAAAUUGUAAUAAAAGCCAGGUGCCAGUAAUAAAACAUUUACGUGGUCGGUCACCAAAGAAUGCUAAACAAAAGUGA